CAGAAGGGGCGCUCAGCCAAUGGCGGGGCGGCCAAGCGCAUCCGACAGGCGGUGAUGCGGAGUGCGAAAAGAUCACAUGGCGGGUAUAUCAGGGCGGGCAGCGACGACGGCCCUCAUCCUUCUCGUCCCUCUCCCUCUCGGGCUCCGUUGCUUUCCCUCCCAUACCUAUAUCCCACCCAUAAGUCAGGAAAUGUCUUCCACCGUCGCUCUUUCUGCCCUCCUCGCCGCCGCCGCGGCCCUCUCUGGUGCUAACGCCCAGUCUUCCUCCACCUCCGUCGCGCCCCUCGCCGCGCAGACCUACGCCUACGCCGACCUCCCCUACCAAGUCGAGCCGUACGGCGGCGAGCGUGGCAACCAAGUCGGCUACAACAAGUGCAACUCCACCACCGAGAACCAGGACUCCCUGUGCCAGACGCUCAUUGCGAACGCUAUUGAUGAUUUCUGCCUGUGGUCCUCCCCGAAGGAGAACGAAACGAUCGGUGACACCGAGGCGUACGAGGUUGCUUGGUGUUCCAAGAAGGGCCAUGGCGCUCGUGCCAUGCCCGACGGCACCCUCCAGGGUGUGUCCGUCAUCAGGACCCCCGACUACGUCAUGUACGCCGGUUUCCUCGACCAGGUCCAGGUCAACCUCGCUGCCGAUGACUACGGAGGAGAGCUUGACCCCCACGGUGCCGACCUGAUGGGUAACCCCAUGGGCGGCAUGGUCUACUCGAACCAGUACCCCAAGGGCAACACCGACAACAACACGCUCACCCAGGUCGUCGAGUGGAAGCAGUUCAUCGGCGGCAACCAGUUCUGCCUCAUGAUCUGCGACCCCUCCAAGACCGACGCCAACAACGUCGGCCUGUGCGAGAACCGCUACGACGAGGUCGGCAUCUCCUACAACUGCCCCAACAGCGCCCAGAAGGGCAAGUACGAGGUCUGCGACGGCGACUCCAUGAGCCCCAUCGGCCAGUACGUCUCCAACGGCGUCACGACCACCUGGACCCAGCCGUGGUCCGGUUCCUGGACGGUCCCUUACACGGCCACCGUCCCGUCGUCGUCCAACUGCCGCACGUUCGCGUCGACUGACCUCUACACCGCCGGCGUCAAGCCCACCGUGUCUGCGUCGGGCUCCGCUGCGGGUGCGACCGCCACUGGCACCGGCUCGAAGGGCAGCAAGGCCGGCUCGUCUGCUGGCGCGUCCGCGACUGGCUCGGGCAGCGACGCGUCGGGCGCGAGCCACGUCGUCGUGUCCGGCUUCGCGACCGUGCUUGGCCUCGCUGCGGCCCUUGCGUUCCUUGCAUGAACAUGCCUCUGAUGUAGCUUGUUACGAACCAUGACCGCGUCACUAGUACUGUACGGGGAUGGGCGUCGCUAUACCUACUCACUACCACUACCAACUAUGUUGAAGUCUUGUCUGCACCGGCUGUUUGGACCCCGGGGUCGGGAGUACGGUACACCUUGCCUGCACACAUCCGUAAUGUUUCUGGACAGUAGAAAUGGACUACUCUUUUCCGCCUGCAGUGCUGUCGCGAGCUGCAUACCCUGCAUAAUCAUACCACCUUUGUCUCCAUCA